CGAAGAAAUAAUGGAAAUAGAGGCGAUAGAAGACACCUCUCGUGAUUAUAACAGUAAUGAUGAUUGUGAUGCUACAACAUCUAGUCAGGAGUUGCAAUCAAAGUCAGAUUCAUUUAUGAGUCAAAAUUCAAAUGUGUCUAACUUUGAAACAGAUUUUUUAACAGCAAAACGGACACCAAAAAUUAAUAUUAUGACGCCAGAAUUAGCUGCUGCACUGGAUCGUGGUAAUGUAAGUAGCCGAAGCGCCACAUAUGUUUUGGCAGCUACUUUAAAAAGUGUGGGAUUCGAUACUCGGAAUGUAAAUUUGAGUUAUAAAACUAUUCAACGACAGCGUAUAAUUCAUCGGAAAGAAAUUGCUAAAGGCUUAAAAGAAGACUUAAAAUUCAAUGACAAUUAUGUGGUCCAUUGGGAUGGUAAACUGCUAAGUGAUAUUGUUGGGACAGAAACAGUAGAUAGGCUUCCGGUGCUUUUAACAUCGUCUGGCAGUGAACAGCUAUUGGGUAUUCCAAAAAUUAAUUCAGGAUCUGGGAUUGAGCAAGCUUUAGCUGUAUACUCAACUAUGGAGCAAUGGGGUGUCAGUAAUUACAUAAAAGCGAUAUGCUUUGAUACUGCAGCAACCAAUACGGGAAUUCAUCAUGGCGCUGGCGUAGAGCUUGAGAAAAUUCUGAAACGAAAGCUUAUAUGGUUACCCUGUCGUCAUCAUGUAAUUGAACUUGUCAUAAAAGGCGUUUUUGAAGCUUACUGGCCAGUACAAUCAGGUCCGAACGUUCCAUUUUUUAAUCGAUUUAAAAUCGGUUGGAAUAAAAUCAACACAUCCAAAUAUAACGCUGGCAUCAACGAUAAGAUAGUGGCUAAUAUACUAUUAAACAAAAAAGAUGAACUAUUAAGUUUUAUCGAUAAUUAUUCGCAGGUAUAUUUUGAGUUGUUAUUUGAGUUGUAAAAGUACACAGAAAAAACUUUUUGGUCAAAGAAAAUUUUCAUUUUAGGCAAGAUA